GGCUCCCUCCCUGGCGCCGCUGCUCUCCUCCCCGACAUCCCUGGCCCUGAGGAGAAGCCUCAGUCGAUCCCCGAUGGGCCGCAGGAGCCAUGGCCGCCCUUUACCAGAGCGCGGACCCCUCGGCCUCGGCCUCCCCCAACAAGCUCCUGGCCCUGAAGGACGUCCGGCAGGUGAAGGAGGACACCACCCUCGACGAGAAGCUCUUCCUCCUCGCCUGCGACAAAGGUGAUUAUUACAUGGUGAAGAAGCUUUUGGAAGAGAAUAGUGCUGGUGAAAUGAAUAUCAAUUGUGUGGAUGUCCUUGGAAGAAAUGCUAUUACAAUAACUAUAGAAAAUGAGAAUCUAGAUAUACUACAGCUUCUCCUAGAUUAUGGUUGCCAGUCUACAGAUGCGCUCUUGGUGGCCAUUGACUCAGAAGUUGUGGGGGCUGUGGAUAUACUACUUAAUCAUCGACCAAAACGAUCCAGUAGACCAACAAUAGUUAAAUUAAUGGAACGUAUACAAAAUCCAGAAUAUUCAACAACCAUGGAUGUGGCACCAGUUAUUUUAGCUGCUCACCGUAAUAACUAUGAAAUCCUUACUAUGCUGUUAAAGCAGGACGUGUCAUUACCCAAACCUCAUGCUGUGGGCUGUGAAUGCACACUGUGUACAGCCAAGAACAAAAAAGAUAGCUUACGGCACUCCAGGUUACUAUUCCGUCUUGAUAUUUAUCGAUGUUUGGCCAGUCCUGCCUUGAUAAUGUUGACAGAAGAUGAUCCAAUUCUGAGAGCCUUUGAACUUAGUGCAGACUUAAGAGAACUAAGUCUUGUAGAAGUUGAAUUCAGAAAUGAUUAUGAAGAGCUAGCCCAGCAGUGUAAAACCUUUGCUAAGGAUCUGCUUGCACAGGCACGGAACUCCCGGGAACUUGAAGUUAUUCUGAACCAUACAGCAAGUGAUGAGCAUGUGGAUAAAAGAGGACUGUUAGAAGAAAGAAUGAAUUUGAGUCGUUUAAAGCUUGCUAUUAAGUAUAAUCAAAAGGAAUUUGUUUCUCAGUCUAAUUGCCAACAAUUUCUCAAUACUGUCUGGUUUGGACAAAUGGCUGGUUAUCGUCGCAAGCACACAUUUAAGAAGAUUUUGACAGUCUUAACAGUUGGCAUCUUUUGGCCACUGCUAUCUUUUUGUUAUUUAUUGGCCCCCAAAUCUCGAAUAGGCCGAAUCAUUCACACUCCUUUUAUGAAGUUUAUUAUUCAUGGAGCUUCAUAUUUCACAUUUCUGCUGUUACUUAAAUUGUACUCAGUUGUAUACAAUGAAGAUAAAAAAAACACAAUGGGGCCUGCAUUGGAGAGAAUAGACUACCUUCUAAUACUGUGGCUCAUUGGAAUGGUGUGGUCAGAUGUUAAAAGACUCUGGUAUGAUGGUUUAGAAGAUUUUUUGGAAGAAUCCCGUAAUCAGCUUAGUUUUGUAAUGAAUUCACUCUAUUUGGCAACUUUUGCCCUGAAAGUAGUUGCUCAUAACAAGUUCCAUGAUUUUGCUGAGAGGAAGGAUUGGGAUGCUUUCCAUCCUACACUGGUGGCAGAAGGUCUAUUUGCUUUUGCUAAUGUUCUUAGUUACCUUCGACUUUUCUUCAUGUAUACAACAAGCUCAGUCCUCGGGCCACUUCAGAUUUCAAUGGGGCAGAUGUUGCAAGACUUUGGAAAAUUUCUUGGAAUGUUUCUCCUUGUGUUGUUUUCAUUUACAAUUGGGCUGACCCAACUCUAUGAUAAAGGUUUCACUGUGAAUGAAGAGAAAGACUGUGCUGGGAUCUUCUGUGAGCGACAAAGCAAUGACACAUUCCACUCGUUUAUUGGAACCUGCUUUGCUCUGUUCUGGUACAUAUUUUCACUUGCACAUGUAGCUAUAUUUGUCACCAGAUUUAACUAUGGUGAAGAACUGCAGUCUUUUGUGGGCGCUGUUAUUGUUGGCACGUAUAACGUUGUAGUUGUGAUUGUUCUUACCAAGCUCCUCGUGGCAAUGCUUCAUAAAAGCUUUCAGCUAAUAGCAAAUCAUGAAGAUAAAGAAUGGAAAUUUGCGCGUGCCAAGCUAUGGCUUAGCUAUUUUGAUGACAAAUGCACACUACCUCCACCUUUCAAUAUAAUUCCUUCUCCCAAGACUAUCUGCUAUCUAUUUAAUAGCCUCAGUAAGUGGAUCUGUUCUCAUACAUCAUCUGGUAAAGUUAAGCGGCAAAAUAGCUUAAAGGAGUGGAAAAAUCUGAAGCAAAAGAGGGAUGAGAAUUACCAAAAGGUGAUGUGUUGCUUGGUGCAUCGUUAUUUGACUUCCAUGAGACAGAGAAUGCAAAGCACUGAUCAGGCGACUGUAGAAAAUCUCAAUGAACUACGACAAGACUUGUCAAAAUUUCGAAAUGAAAUGAGAGACUUGCUUGGCUUCCGGACUUCAAAAUAUGCCAUAUUUUAUCAAAGAAAUUAAGAUUUAAAAUAAAAUACCUAAACCUAGACAGUUUUAUUCCAAUAUUUUUGUUACCACCUCAAAUUUUAAAAAUAUAAUUGUUUGGUUUUCUUAAAAGAUGUGAUUGCAGCCGGAUUCAGUUGUGAAAAAAGAUUGUUCUUUUUCAUAUUCUUUCUCAAGCUUUCUAUAAUACAGUAUUUUAAACUUGUAUAUAGUCUGCCAAAUGCAAGUGUACUUUCGGCCAUCUCAUUAGCAACACACUGUGCAGGAUUGAGAAAGGGAAUGGUGAUUGAAAUGUCCUUCCUUUUCAUAACAUAUGGGGAUUAGUAUUAUGGUAAAAAUGAACAGAAAUGUAGGCAUCAAUAAGAUACUGUGAUAUUAAAAGGCAUGAAUAAAGUUCAUGUAACAGUUUCUAAAACACUCAUUUUUAAGGAGACCAACAGAAAACAUAAAAAGCAUAUCGCUGUUACAAAAAUUUCUUGAUAUUUUUUGUACUCUGUCACUGAAUGAUACCAAAGAAUAUAGCAUUCUGGAAUUGAAUCUGUGAUUUCAUCCUUAUGUAAAAAUGGAAAUUGAGUGGAAUUUUUAGUAGGUAAUCUGAAUUUGACAUUUAGCUCCAUAUCAUUUGGAUUUAUUUAAAAUAACUUUUUUUCAAGUGAAUAAUUUUACACAGUAUUUGAAAUAUGAAUGUUGAAAUGUAAACAUUAUUCUUAGUAUAUUUAUCUAAAAAAAAUUCCCAGAAAUAUUCACUGUAAUUAAUUCAACUUUCACAGAAUUAGCUAUUAUGAAGAAUGACUGAAGAACUGCAUAAGAAAUUAUGAUCCCAACUCAGUAGCAGCACACUCUAUUUUACAAUGCAAUGUGCUUGGUCACAUUGAUUUAACCAAGCAGACCUCAUGUUUGUAACAAACUUAGAUUGAGAUUUAUAUUUGUAGGUAAUCCUUUCUUAACACAACUCCCUUUCCCUUCAUACUGUCUAUACUGAAUGCAUUUUGAUUUGGCUUCUUAAUAUGCCAAGUAGUUCAUUUAUUUACACUGUAAGUUAUGUAGUUACCAGUACUUUCACCUGAGAAGGAAGAUAAUGUGGUAAGUACUGAAAAUCUAUACUAAUUUAUAUAAAUUCAGAACUUAAAAUUGUAUUUUUAACUUUGUGAAAAAUGGGUACAAAACAGUGCAUAGUUAGGUAUGGUGCACAAACAUAAUUCAACAUCUUGUAUAUCUUUGGUGAAGAAUAAAAAUACAUCAGCAUAAUUAUGCUGAAUCUGUUGCACAAGUGAUUUCACAAUGAACACCAAGCUCUUGAACAUACCUGUUGUACAACAGUAGAACAGAGUUUUUGUGAGUUCUCCACCAACCAAGCCAAAAGGAAGAGUGGGCUGUGUGCCUGCUUGCAGAAUAAUUGGGUGCACUGGAGACUGAUUUCAUAGGCUGUAAAUACAGCAGGCCCUAAUAAUGUCUAGUUUAGAUGUUAACUUGCAAAAUUUAAGGCUAAAAGGUGCUGGUCAUCUAAGUAGUUAUAACUGAUACUAGUGUCUGAAAUAACUAAGUUCCUCCUUUUGAGGAAAUUUAUAACCAUUUUGGAGGUAAAACUAAAAUAUUUUGAGUAUGAUAGAAUAUGCAUGUGACUCAGUCUUAUUUUCUAAGGAAAAAAGUUGACUGCCUUGUUGAAAUGGCAAGGCAAAUCCAGAAUUUUGCUUGCAUUGUAUGAAUGCUUUUUACCAUCUUAUAUCCUCUUAGCUGUAACAUUUGACUAGCCAUUUCCAGGACAAGAAAAUAGUACAGUUAUUUGGCGAAAAGCCUGUCUAAUGUGGACCUAGUAGAUAAAACAAGAAUAUUCAGGAAUAUAAUAAUUUUUCUACCAUAUGUACCAGGUGAAGCUGUAUAGUUUUGACAUCUUUCCUGUUAUGCAUAGAUUAUUUUGUGGAACUAUUGUUUUUAUUUCCAGUCUCAUUUUACUCCAUGUAGUUAUCCUGUAAACUCUGCUUUCAUUUUUUCUUAUAGAAAUAAAUGACAUGAUCUGCA